AUGAAGAGAGGCAAAGUUGAAAAGAAUGUGACAUGGUCUUUCACACUAUGUUUUGUCUUAAUUUCUCUCAUCACAAUCUCAUUUCCAUUUUGUGAAUCCUUCAACUAUGGGCAAGCCUUGUCACAAAGUCUCCUCUACUUUGAGUCACAACGUUCAGGUCACUUACCCUACAAUCAAAGGGUCAAUUGGCGUCACCAUUCUGGUCUCAAUGAUGGCCUAGAUCAAGGGGUGGACUUGGUGGGAGGCUACUAUGAUGCAGGAGACAAUGUGAAAUUUGGACUACCAAUGGCUUUCACCAUAACUCUCCUUUCUUGGGCUGCCAUAGAAUACGGCGAAAAAAUCGCCAGCGCCGGCGAAUAUGUCCAUACAAUGGAGGCUAUCAAAUGGGGGACUGAUUAUUUCAUUAAGGCUCACACACAACCAAAUGUUUUAUGGGUAGAGGUGGGUGACGGAGAAACGGAUCAUUAUUGUUGGCAGCGACCAGAAGACAUGACUACGUCGCGAAGAGCUUAUAAAAUUGACGAAAACAACCCCGGCUCUGAUGCUGCUGGCGAGACCGCAGCGGCUUUGGCAGCAGCAUCAAUUUUGUUUAGGAAAACAAAUCCACAUUACUCUCAACUACUGUUGCAUCAUGCACAAGAGUUGUUUGAGUUUGGUGACAAGUUUAGGGGUAAAUAUGAUGAGAGUGUUGAAGUGGUAAUAGGGUAUUAUACCUCAGUUAGUGGAUACAUGGAUGAGUUGUUAUGGGCAGCAAUAUGGUUAUAUAAGGCUACAGAAAAAGAAGAAUAUUUAAAGUAUGUUUUGGAGAAUGGUUAUGAUUUUGGUGGAACUACAUGGGCCAUGACAGAAUUUAGUUGGGAUGUUAAGUAUGCUGGUGUUCAAGCCAUUGCUUCAAUGCUUCUUAUGGAAGAAAAACACAAGAAACAUGAAGUAAUACUCGAACAAUAUCGUUCAAAAGCAAAUCAUUAUAUUUGUGCAUGUCUUAACCUCAACAACGCAAGUAAGGAUAAUGUGAAUCGCACUCCAGGAGGAUUACUAUACAUUCGUCAAUGGAAUAAUAUACAAUACGUAGCAAAUGCAGCAUUUCUUCUCACAGUUUUCUCAGAUCAUCUCUUAGCCACAAAUCAAAAGCUACAAUGUCAAAAAGGUGUAGUGGAUUCUAAUGAAAUCUUUUCAUUUGCAAAAUCACAAGUUGAUUAUAUAUUGGGUUCUAAUCCAAUGAAUAUGAGCUAUUUUGUUGGUUAUGGUCCUAAAUUUCCACAAAGGGUGCAUCAUAGGGGUGCAUCCAUUGCAUCAUAUAAGGAGAAUAUGGGCUUUAUUGGAUGCACUCAAGGCUUUGAUAUUUGGUAUGGAAAUCCUAAGCCCAACCCAAAUAUACUCAUUGGGGCCCUUGUUGGUGGGCCUGAUAAAAAUGACCAAUUUAGAGAUGCAAGAGGAAAUUACGAGCAAUUGGAGGCUUGCACAUACAAUACGGCUGCACUUGUAGGGGUUUUUGCUAGAUUAUAUGAUUUAGAGUAA